AUGGGGUGGCCCGUCGUCGGCGCCAUGUGGGCGUUCCUCCGGGCCUUCAAGUCCGGCAACCCCGACUCCUUCAUCGGCUCCUUCAUCCGACGUUUCGGGCGCGCCGGCAUGUACAGGGCCUUCAUGUUCAGCAGCCCGACGAUCCUGGUGGCCACCCCGGACGCGUGCAAGCGGGUGCUCAUGGACGACGACAGCUUCGCCGAUGGGUGGCCCAAGGCCAUCGUCGCGCUCAUCGGCAGCAAGGCCUUCUUCGUCUUACCCCGCGAGGAGCACCGGAGGCUGAGGAAGAUCACGGCCGCGCCCAUCAACGGCUCCGACGCGCUCAGCACGUACCUGGGCUUCAUCGACCGCACCGUGGCGGAGGCGCUGCGCCGGUGGUCGGAGGCUGGCGAGAUCGAGUUCCUAACGGAGCUGCGGCGGGUGACGUUCAAGAUCAUCGUGCAGAUAUUCCUGACCGAGGCCGAUUACACCACCAUGCGGGCGCUGGAGACGAGCUACACCGACCUCAACAACGGGAUUAGAGCCAUGGCCAUUAACCUUCCCGGCUUCACCUUCCACAAGGCUUUCAAGGCCGCCAAUGGUAUCCUGAACGAGAGGAGGGCGACGACGAUGAAGGGUCUCGCCAAGUCGAACAUGGACAUGAUGGAUCGCCUGAUCGAGGCCGAGGACGAGCAUGGGAGGAGGAGGCUGGACGACGAGGAGAUCAUUGACAUCCUCAUCUUGUACCUGAACGCGGGGCAUGAGUCGUCCGCACACAUCUCCAUGUGGGCUACGGUGUUCCUGCAGGAAAACCCAGAGAUAUUUGCAAAGGCAAAGGCCGAGCAAGAGGAGAUCAUUCAGAACAUUCCACCAACACAGAAGGGGAUUAGCCUGAGGGACUUCAGGAACAUGGAGUGCCUCUCCCAGGGUAACUCGCCGAGACCUGGCACGUUCCUUCCCUUUGGACUUGGAACCAGACAGUGCCCCGGAAAUGAUCUUGCGAAGCUGGAGGUCUCCAUCUUCCUCCACCAUUUCCUUCUUGGUUACAAGCUCACAAGGACAACUCCAAGCUGCCAGAUAAAAUACCUCCCUCACCCCAGGCCGGUGGACAAUUGCUUGGCAAAGAUCACCAAAGUUUCUGAUGAACAAUAA